AUGUCUAGACCAGAACAACUUGCUCCGCCAGAAGUGUUUUAUAAUGACACCAAAUCAUUCAAAUAUACAUCCUCAACUCGUGUCCAACACAUCCAAGCCAAGAUGACCUUACGUGCCCUUGAACUACUUAAUUUAGAAAAAGACACGCCUCACUUCCUAUUAGAUCUCGGAUGUGGAUCAGGUCUUUCAGGGGAGAUCUUGACUGAAGAAGGCUAUAAUUGGGUCGGAAUGGAUAUUUCUCCAAGUAUGUUAGCCACGGGUUUAGAUCGAGAUGUUGAAGGAGAUUUAUUUCUUGCUGAUUUAGGGAAUGGGAUUCCAUUUAGGGCGGGGACUUUUGAUGCUGCGAUUUCGAUUUCGGCUAUACAAUGGUUGUGUAAUGCCGAUAGUGCCGGUGUUGAUCCAAAGAAAAGAAUGUUGUUGUUUUUUAAUACACUUUAUGCAUCCUUGAAAAGAGGUGGGAAAUUUGUGGCUCAGUUUUAUCCUAUGAAUGAUUCUCAAACUGAAUCAUUGAUGGGUGCUGCAAAAGUGGCUGGAUUUGGUGGGGGGUUGGUUAUAGAUGAUCCAGAAUCAAAGAGUAAAAAGAAGUAUUAUUUGGUGUUGACGGCAGGGAUGUCUGAUAGACAGAUUAAUUUGACUGGGGCUGAGAUGGACGCUCCACAGCAAGCCAAAACUAUGAAUAGAAAGUUGAGAAAGAAGUUGGAAAGUAAGAAGGAAUUCAUUGGUAGGAAGAAGGAAACUAUGAGAAGAAGAGGUAAGAAAGUGGCGGAAGAUUCUAAAUUUACCGGAAGAAAGAGACGCCCACGUUUCUAA